AUGUCUUCUCUAUUUCUAAAAAUAGCAGUAAUACUUAUUGUGCACUUUGUUUUUGCGCAGUGCAAUGAAGAUGUGGUAAGCAUCAGGAUGGAUGGCGUGGAUCUCGUAGCAUCUAAUGAUAAGACCAUAGAUUCCUGCCAAAACAUACAGGUAGUAUACGCUAAAAAUAAGAAGAGACCAAAUGAUCCGCUGCUGGCUGUAUUGGGAUACAUGAUAUACAUAGACGAAACAGUGUGCAGGAUUUCUGGAAUAAAAAAUAAGAAAGAUAGGCUCACAGGCUUAGACAUCCUACUGGAGAAGAAGAAUGGAAAGCCAGGCUCAAUAAAAGCAGAAAUAGACUGUAAGGGACCGAAUAGCGGCGCGCAUCUUGUUCUGAAGCAAAUAACAACACCGAGCAGCCUGCUUUCUAAAGACGGGAAACAGAAGGCAUUUAUUAUAUUUGUAGCAAAGUCUCCAUCUUAG